AAACUAACACAGAAAAAAACCGAACAUUCCAAGAUCACAACUUUCAAUCUGAAUCCACAUCGCACGAUUCAAGUUUUGUUGCUUUUAAUUUGUUGCUCGAGAGAAACUGUGAAAACACAGGUUUGAGUUCGAAUUGUAAGGGAUUAUGGGAAGAGAGAUGAGUAAUCUUAACCCAAAUAGAGAAACUCGUAUUCCUGUUCCUACCGUGUUCUCAGUUCCAUCACCAUCACCAUCCCAAUUCCAUUCUCCUUCUCCAGCCAAUUCCAUUCCAAUGACACCUAAAAGCCCAUUCAUCACACGCGUCAUGACACCAUUGGCUAGCCCCAUGAAGAAGGCCAUGGCAAACAUGCAAGGCUACUUGGAGUUCACUAAGCUCAACCCACACGAUGAAUGGCUUCCUAUAACUGAAUCAAGGAAUGGAAACGCGUUUUAUGCAGCAUUCCAUACCCUCAGCUCUGGAAUCGGAGUUCAAGCUCUUGUUCUUCCCCUUGCCUUCACUGCACUUGGGUGGGUUUGGGGAAUAAUGAGUUUGUCAGUAGUUUUUGUGUGGCAAAUGUAUACACUUUGGCUUCUGAUUCAACUCCAUGAAUCUUCUUCUGGGACUCGAUACAGCCGAUAUCUAUGGCUUUCCAUGGCUGCUUUUGGAGAGAAAUUAGGGAAGCUCAUGACGUUAUUACCGACAAUUUACCUUUCAAGUGGGACAUGCAUAACCCUAAUCAUGAUCGGGGGAGCCACCAUGAAACUUCUUUUUAACAUCAUCUAUGGCAAUACAUGGGAGAAAAAUAAUGAAACCCCACUAUCAAUGAUCGAGUGGUACCUUGUUUUCACAUGUUUGGCAGUUGUGUUAACACAACUGCCAAACUUGAAUUCGAUUGCAGGGGUUUCAUUGAUUGGGGCUAUUGCUUCGGUCUCAUAUUGUACUGUAAUAUGGGUGGUGUCGGUUGUUGAAGGGAGGCCAACGGGUGUAUCCUAUGAGAAGCCGGAUGAGGUGUCACAAGUUGCUAGGGUUUGUGAUGUUUUAAAUUCUCUUGGCAUCGUUGCGUUUGCUUUUCGAGGUCAUAAUUUGGUGCUUGAAAUACAGGGUACAAUGCCUUCAAAUCCAAAACAACCAUCACGUAUACCCAUGUGGAAAGGUGUAAAAUACUCGUAUUUCAUUAUCGCAAUGUGUCUCUUCCCUCUCGCAAUCGGUGGAUACUGGGUCUACGGUAACAUGAUGCCGACAACCGGAGGACUCCUAAACGCAUUGUAUAAAUACCACGGGAGAUCAACUUCACGAGCAAUUUUAGGGUUAACAAGCGCACUUGUCAUCAUCAACAGUCUCACCUCUUUCCAAAUCUACGCAAUGCCCGUUUUCGACAACCUAGAACUGCGAUACGUGACUAAAACAAACGGGCCAUGCCCAUGGUGGGUCAGGGCCGGGUCACGAGUUUUCUUCGGCGCCUUAGCUUUCUUUGUGGCAGUUGCCCUCCCAUUCCUACCAAGUCUGGCAGGUCUCAUAGGCGGCAUUGCCUUACCCAUGACUUUAGCAUACCCGUGUUUCAUGUGGAUAGUAAUAAAGAAACCUAAUGUUUAUAGCAAGAUGUGGUGGCUCAAUUGGAUUCUUGGUUGCCUAGGGAUGAUUUUAAGCAUUCUACUUGUUUUAGGGGCAAUUUGGACAAUAGUUACCCGAGGAAUCGAGGUCCAUUUCUUUAAUCCAAAGUGA